CUGAGUAAAACUGACUGACAGUUCAACUAUAUAAGUGGCACAUUUGCGACAAUCCAUAAUGUUCAAUUAGCUGAAGUGCUGAGAAAACUGGUAUUUAUUCAUACAACAUGGAAAGUUUUGUUUAUGUCAUUUUUGCUCUCUGCUUGACUACAUGUUUAGCAAAUCCUACAGCUACUACGUCAGACUCUCCAUUUACAACCUGGGCUCCAGACCCGUUCUGCCCUUACCCAUCGGAUGAAAUCUUUUUCUACUCCGAUCCCGAUGACUGCUCGAAAUAUAUAGAAUGCUACGAAGGGGUGAAGUACGUAAGAAAUUGCGCAAGGGGUCUACUGUGGGACGAGGAAAAUCUGGCUUGCGAUUACCCACGAAACGUCGACUGCAAAUCAAGACCAAAUCCAACACCAGAUGGUCCCGUUAGUACUGAACCAGUGACAACCGAGGCACCAGCUUCGGAAACGUCUGCCACUACUGAAGCUCCAGAAGUGUCUACUACUCCAGCACCUCUUCCCACAUCAACUGAAGAGCCUGUCGUUACUACUUUUUCUCCAGCCCAUAUAUGCGACAAUCAAGCUGACGGUUCCUACCUUGCCGACCCCACAGAUUGUAAGAGGUUCUAUGAAUGCGUAUCCGGUGAAGCUGUUCCUGGAACGUGCCCAACGGGCACUGAAUGGAACGAAAAAAUACUGAAUUGUGAUCGUCCUCAAAAUGUUGAUUGUCCCUCGACAAGGUUUUAAUUUAUUGUAAUUAUAAUAAUCUUCACUCCACGAAUUCUAAAUAAAUAUACUUUUAAGACUUUA